GGCGCAUGCGCAAUGUCCGUAGCAAGUAUGGCGGAGAGUUGAAAGAAAACUCUUCCGGUGUUAUUUGGAAAACACAUAUUCUGUAAUUGCAGUUUUGUGUAAGUGCUAGCCAUGUGGCCAGAGCUGCUUGACAUGACUCGUGAAGAGUGUAAGCGUAUCCUUCGUCGUGUGGAGCUGGAGGCCUACUCCUCUGUAGUCUCAGCCUUUAGGGCUCAAGGGGACCUCACCAAGGAGAAGAAAAAGAUGCUGGCUGAUCUCCAACAAUUGUUGAGUAUAUCAACAGAGAGACAUCGGGCAGAAGUUAGGAGGGCUGUUAAUGAUGAAAAGUUGGCCACGAUAGCAGACAACAUAUCCCCUGCCAACUCGACACAGGAGUGGUUGAUAGAGGGUCGAAGAUUAGUACCUCUCAUGCCAAGACUGGUUCCCCAGACGGCCUUCACUGUCACUGCCAACCAGGCUGCCAGUCUACAGGCAGAGAAAAAUGCUGCCCUACCCAGUCCAGCUCAGACUGGUGGAAGGGAAAAUAUAACGAGUGUAUCUGGUCUGUCAUCUCCUCCCCCAACCCCGGUGUGGACCUCACGACCAAGCAGCCCGACAUCAAAUGUGGUUGUACUACCCUCGGGCAUGUCCAUACACAUCAAAGGUGGUUUGAACACUGAGGAAGAAGACGAAGUACAGACCAGGAAACGUCGGCGAAGUUUGUCCACAGAGAACCUCUUCUCUCCCCCACCGGGCUCACAGAUUCCGCAGGUGACAUACACAACCACAAUGGCAAGUGCGACCACUGUGUCCCCCAAAAAGAUCACGAUUAGUAAGAGUCCCCAGGCCCAGCCACGGGUUGUAGCCAGUGGCAGUCAAACACAAAAGGUAAUCUUGGUAUCAAGCCAGGGCCAUGCAAGCCCUGCCCCAGGUCUCUCACAGAAGAUCGUGAGUAUGGCUGGUUCCCGGUCUACUGUCUCCACGGGAACCAGCACUGCUGCUCCACCCCCCAGGUCCACCCUCCUGCCUGUCUCCAGUCUCCCAGCAACCAUGGUCUCCAUGCCAACACCUUCAUAUGUCACCAACACCGCUGUCUCCAGCACAGGAAUAUCACAAGUGUCAUCAGGCACAAUAGGGACCUCAACCACGGCGUUCCUCACUCCAACGAUUAGUGUAGCCAGGCCCAGGUUUAAGACCAUUCCCAGGCAGAAAAUCAUGCAGGUACCCUCUCCGCGCCCAGGCGUUGUGAUACCCAUGAGCCCUCAGCCAGUACAGCCAUCCCCACAGACUUUGACUGGUAUGAAACCUGGGCUCAAGCCAACCAUACAGAUACGCCAGGAGGGAGGUAUGAAAAUUAUCACCCAGAGUGCUGCUGGGACGACCAGUAAGAUCCUGCCCAAGCCUAGCCAAAUGUCUGGUACAAGCACAGGUACCCCGGUAGUGGUGGUCAGUGGGGCCAGCUCCCAGUCUUCAGGGGUUACUAUGGUUACACGCACUGGACAAUCUCUCACUGGGUCGAGUGCAGGCACAAAGGUGUUGAACAUUCAGACCCAGGGAGGGAAGAUUAUCACAGCUCCCCGAGGCUCCAGUGUUGUCACUGUCAACCCGAAAACCCUCCACCUCACAGCCGUGAAAAAUGCUGCAGGAAUAUCUGGGUCAAAACCAAACGUUAUAGUUGUACAAAAGACUCAGCCUCGCAGGGUCGGAGUAGCAAGCUCACAGACUGGCACACCAGUUAAACAGACAGCUGUCAUCUCAAGCCCAUUUGAAAAGGAGUUGGUGAGUUUUCUUCAGAAGCAGGACCCAACAAAGCAGUACGUUGUGACUACUACAACAGCCAACCUUUCACGCACAGCGGACACCCAGAGGAAGGUGAUUGUCACCACCACGGGGCAUGGAGAUCUUGCUAAACAGAUAACUGCCAGUCUCCAGAAGGGUGUAAAGCCCCCAGGGGAGGGAAGCAGCGGUCAACAGUCAAACAUUCUGCAGGACCUGAUUACAGCAGCAGGCAUCGUGCCAGAGGGCGGUGGUGAUGGGCCACCAGGGGAGGUAACCAUCAACCUGGAUGAAGCACAGUUAGCUGCCCUUACAUCUGCCGCUGCUUCACACGAGUCCAGCCAGGCUAAAGUGGUAACAAGCAUGCCUAGCAAUGAAUGGUUUGAGUAUGACGUGACAGACGAGCAGGGGAACACAUACACCCACACUGCAGAGUCUGCGGACACUGCGGCCGCAAUACAGUCACUGUUAGACAUGCAGCAGCAGCAGCAACUGCAACAGGGGACCAGCACAGUUGGCGGGGUCACCACACAGAAGGUCCGGCUUGGUGGGGCCACGGGGGUUGGUAGUCAACAAGGAGCAAAUGUAGACAUUAGCCAGCUCUCUGACCAGCUAAACCAGCAACAGUUCUACACUAUAGAGCAGGCAAUGACACUACUGAACCAGAAUGAUACAGAGACUGGGGGCCCCGGGGCUGACGGGGUAGGGCCGGCCAAGACAGAGGGAGCGGGGCAGGUUGCUGAGGAUGACCAGAUGUUCACAGCAGUGCCCAUAAGCAUCUCAUCCGAGGGAGGACAAGCUGAAUCUGGGCCACUUACAUCUCAAGCGGGCAGUUCUAGCAGCUCGGACCUAGAUCCCCAGACUGGCAUGUUCUAUGUGGAGAAAGGGGGAACCAUAAGUGGUAUCAAGAUCAAUGCUGAUGGACAACAGGUAAUUGUGAGCGGUGUGGACAUGGAGAGUAAAUCUCGCUACGACCUCUUAAGCAGCUCCUUGGCCCAGGCACAGAUUGACCUGGACCCCUACCAGUUCAUAGAGGACGGCAACAAGGGGGUAGGGGGCACCGCUACACCAAUACACAGUGCUACCAGCAGUGAUUCAGUGGAGUCAGUAGGAAGCAGCUUAGCCUCGAGUUCUCUGUCAUCGGAGCAGGUGCUGGUACAGAAGGUGGUUGUUUCCACCCCCAUCACCACAUCAACACCUGCCAUACGCAUCCAGCCCAACACGUUUGUCCCCCUACAGGAUGUGAUCAGGUCGUCUAAUGCUGUCACAACAGUGUCCGCUACCAAACAGAUAGUGUCAUCCACGGCCUCAGCGUCAUCUGGCUCUAUCCAUGUGACAGUGGAGCCUAGCGGGAUGGACACAUCCUACAUGCAGAUGGAAGAUUUUACCAGCCAGCAGAUAUCAGACGUCACGGACGUCAGUAUCGGGCAUAUGGAGGAGAUUGCAUGCGAGGAAACUGUUCCAACAGAGGGCAGUAGUGGUGUUGAUGUUGCUGGGCGCAGGAAGAGGAAGGUGUUGUCAGGGGAGGAUGUGACGGGCUCCCCUCCUGCUGGCUCUGGGGCUCCUGGUAGCUGGUCAAGGGCUGCUCUUGGUGUAUUGAACAAAGUAUCCAAGUAUCGAGGGAUGAACAGGGACAAGAAUGAUCUUAACGCUUCCUCCUGGUUCACACAGCCAGUGGACCCGGCUGAUGCCCCAGACUACUAUGCCAUAGUACAGAACCCCAUGGACUUUGGCACCAUCAAAAAUAAACUGGAGACAGGGGGAUACGGAGGUUUUGAGGAGUUUCACUGUGAAAUGAUGCUAGUGAAGGAGAACUGUUACCUCUACAACCCGGAGCAAAGUGUGGUCCGCCGGGAUUGUGAUGAAGUGUUCAACUAUUAUGUGCAUGAGUAUAACAAACUCAUGGAGAAAUGGCAGAAGAGUCACAUUGGAUCACCCAUAUCAAAAAAGCCAAGGACAGACAGGAGCCCUAUUCGACCUUGAAACUACAAAGAUAACUACAGCACCAACCUCAUGACUACAAAUAGUGGCAUUGUGGCAUUUCAAGAAUGCACUUAUUGUUCAUCGGACUGGAAAAAACAUUGUCCCACAUGAGAUUUGAAUCUCCAAUAUACACACACUAAAAUGUUUGUAUGCAAUUAUUCUUAUCAUGUUAACAUUUUUAACUCUUUAAAUAUUUGCAUAUAAUGUGGAUGAAAGACUGGACAAUGAUAAGAACCUGGGCUAUCCUAGAUUACAAUGAAUGUGUAUUGUUUUUGGACUCUUUUAAAUUAUGUUGCAUAUUUCAUUUUGUCAUGUUAAGAAACAAAUCAUUUUAUCAUGUUUUGUAUGUGUUAACAAAAAUGCACGUUUUUUGUGUAUUGCUGUUUUUUUUCAUUUUUAAGAUUAAGAUAAGAAUGAUUUAAUUGUUACAGAAAUAUCUAUCUACCAAGCCAUGCAUAAAACUGUACCAAAAUUGUGUAAUGUUUUCCAAAUACAUGUAUUUCAAUGAAUGCUAUGUAUCAAUAUUUUUAAGGUAUUGUUUGUCAUGUUUUUAAAUAGUGCCAACAAAAGAUGGAAACGUCA